UGUAUUUUAGGAAGCAGAAUCAGACAGUGUGAAUUCCCCGUCAUGGAGCUGAGUACUGCACUGUUGCUGGGCCUCCUCCUCUUGGCUUUGUUAUGGAAGAAAUUCUCCCGACCAAAGGAUUUCCCUCCUGGGCCUCUAGCAUUGCCUGUACUGGGUAAUAUACUGCAAAUGGACUUUUAUAAUCCUUUAAAGACCCUGAGAGAGUUAUCCAAGGUGUACGGCCCAGUGUACAGCAUUUAUUUGGGAUUUACCCCGGCUGUGGUCAUCCAAGGGUUCAAAGACCUCAAAGAAGUUCUGGUGAACAAGGGAAUAGAUUUUGCAGACAGACCUCAAAAUAGAGUAUUGGAAGCAAUUUCUGGUAUCCGAGGUCUGGUGGCUACACCCUAUGGACGAGCAUGGAAAGAACACAGACGCUUUACCAUGUCCACACUGCGUAACUUUGGCCUGGGCAAAAAUUCAAUGGAGGAGAGGAUUCGUGAAGAGGGUGUAUACCUAAUUGAUGAGUUUAGGAAGAAUCAAGAUACACUGGUUGACCCCCAUAUUGUUGUUGACAAUGCUGUAGCCAAUAUUAUCUGUUCCAAUUUGAUUGGGAGACGCUUUGACUAUGAUGAUGACACAAUCCGAGAUAUUCUUAAUGCUGUCCAUGAAAAUAUGAAGAUAGUCACUGGAUUUUGGGCUCAGCUCUAUAAUGCAUUUGGAUUUGUGAAAUAUCUUCCAUUGCCACAUCAGAAGAUAUUCAGAAAUCUUAAGACAAUCUUCGCAUUCUUUGGUAAGGUUUUAGAAGAACACAGGAGAACCAGAGUGCCCGGAGAACCCAGAGAUUACAUAGACUGCUAUCUAGAAGAACUUGAUAUGGAACAUGAAGAUGGUCACAAGUCAGCCUUUGAUGCUGAGAACCUCUUAGCAUGUGUGAGAGAUCUCUUUAUGGCUGGGACAGAAACUACCUCUGCCAGUGUAGAAUGGAGUCUGCUUUAUAUGAUGACCUAUCCCGACAUUCAGGAGAAAUGUCGGGAAGAAAUAGAUAAUAUUCGAGGAGACAGAGACCAUCUUGCUUAUGAUGACAGAGUAAAGAUGCCGUACACACAGGCCAUUCUGCAAGAAGUCCUGCGCUUUGCCUCAGUUUCGGCAAUAGGAGUUGCUCAUGCACCCAUUAAAGAUGUUCAUCUGAAUGGAUAUUCUAUACCAAAGGGAACACUCAUCAUUACAGAUUUAUCAUCAGCACACUAUGAUGAAAAAUAUUGGAAGUAUCCAAAUGAAUUCAAUCCAGAGAAUUUCCUGAAUGAGGAUGGAGAACUAGUGAAAGUCGAAUCUUUCCUUCCUUUCUCUGCAGGUCCCCGGGUUUGUCCUGGAGAGAAUCUGGCCCGGAUGGAGAUCUUCCUCUAUUUCACUACUCUGAUGAGACACUUUGAAUUCCACUGGCCGGACCCCAUGUCUCCUCCGGAUCUCACCCCAAUUUUUGGAAUCUCACAGAAACCAAAGCCUUUCAAAAUGAGGCUGGUACCACGCACAUAGAACUGGCCAUAUAAACUCGGAGUACUCAAAAGUGCACAUAAACAAUACCCAAUUAUCAUUCCAAUUAAUAAAAACGAUGUUGUUUUAUUUA